AUGUCAGACAAACUCAAGGAACGCAAAAGAACCCCCGUUUCCCACAAAGUGAUAGAAAAGCGGAGGAGGGACCGGAUUAACCGCUGCUUGAACGAGCUGGGCAAGACUGUGCCCAUGGCCCUGGCGAAGCAGAGUUCCGGGAAGCUGGAGAAGGCGGAGAUCCUCGAGAUGACCGUUCAGUACCUGAGAGCCCUGCACUCGGCUGAUUUUCCUCGGGGAAGGGAAAAAGCAGAACUGCUAACGGAGUUCGCCAACUACUUCCACUACGGCUACCACGAGUGCAUGAAGAACCUGGUGCAUUACCUCACCACCGUGGAGCGGAUGGAGACCAAGGACACCAAGUACGCGCGCAUCCUCGCCUUCUUGCAGUCCAAAGCCCGCUUGGGCGCCGAGCCCGCCUUCCAGCCGCUAGGUUCGCUCCCGGAGCCGGAUUUCUCCUAUCAGCUACACCCAGCAGGGCCCGAACUCGCGGGCCACAGCCCCGGGGAGGCUUCCGUGUUCCCGCAGGGUGCUGCCCCCGGGCCCUUCCCUUGGCCGCACAGCACCGCCCGCAGCCCGGCACUGCCCUACCUGCCCAGCGCGCCCGUGCCGCUCCCGAGCCCUGCGCAACAGCACAGCCCCUUCCUAGCCCCAGUGCAGGGGCUGGACCGGCACUACCUCAACCUGAUCGGCCACGCCCACCCCAACGCCCUCAACCUGCACCCCUCCCAGCACCCACCGGUGCUCUGA